AUGAAGCAUGUAAUUUUUGAGGACUUGAAAGUUAAAAAUCUUUGCUAUAGCAUCGAAGAUUUGGCAAAGUAUGAUUUCUCUUCCUACGCCAGCCUCGUUGUUUGCAUCCUUUCGCAUAGAAAUGAAGGUGCCGUUGCAGGAGUUGAUGGUAAAAUAAUUAAGAUCAAUGAACUCAAGUAUAAAUUCAACAGCAACCACUGCCCCACCCUGAACGGCAAGCCGAAAAUUUGGAUUAUACAAGCGUGUCAGGGUAGUGGCAUUCAAUAUCCCAUACAACCAAAUAGUUGCCAAGGUUACACAUCCUCAAGUUCAGAUAGUGGAACGAACGUUUCGCAACAAGGUUUUACUGGAAUGCCAGUCCCGAUUAAGCAACGGAAAGUAGAAUCACCGAAAGCAGAAAACUAAAAAAAACGGCCACCUUAAUUGAUGGAUUUUCUUGAUGUAAGAGCCUCUAUUCUUGGUUAUGUAUCACAUAUCGUCGCGGAGACGUUGGUAUAAUUUUGAUACUCGUGUUCUUUUCUUAUUUCAGUUUGUCAUUAGUAUAGCUUAUGAUUUGUCAACUUAUGUAAUCCAAGAUCUCACAUGAUUAUGUAUAUCUGUGCAGAGAAAUGGAAGAGGAAUAUUUGAACAGCAACACAUUAAACCGGGAACUAAAAUCAUUAAAAGAUAUUCUCAAAAACGUGCAAAACCAUAUAAGUUCUGCAAAUAUUAUAUGGAAAGACGAAAAUGGGGAAAAUACUGAAGUCAAGCAGACUAUGGAAUGGAGAGCGUCUAUGAGUGCCGAAUUGCAUUUAAGAAAGCCGAUACACCGGGUGUUGCAAGCUUUACUAGCUUAGAACGUUAAUAGUUCAUAUAAGUUUAUAACCUUAAUAUAAAUUACAAGUAGGCUAGAAAGAAUAUUUAAAUAUUUCUUUUCAUAUUCCUUUUUGGCCCAAUUUUUGUAUUAACUGACACAAGUGUGGAAUAACGUAGCCUGAGUAAGAAAAACCAUUUUAACCUUAUACUUUAAAGAUAAGAUAAGACUGGUUUUCGUUCAAAUUCCAUCUAAUAUAAUGUUUCA